AUGAUCCGCCAGAUCAUCAACAUGACGGACAUUUUCAUUUCUCCCUCGGAAGACAUAUACAUCGUGACCGAACUUAUGGCAACAGAUCUUAAUACAAUUUUGACGGCGAAAACGGUCGAAGACCAAUUUGCUCAAUACUUCAUGUACCAAAUCAUGCGUGGCCUGAAAUACCUCCAUUCAGCCGGUGUCAUCCACCGAGAUCUCAAGCCAAGCAAUAUUCUGGUUAAUGAGAACUGCGACCUGAAAAUAUGUGAUUUUGGCCUGGCCCGAAUCCAAGAAACACACAUGACCGGCUAUGUCUCGACGAGGUACUACCGCGCCCCGGAGAUUAUGCUUACAUGGAGAAAGUAUGACGAGAAAGUUGAUAUGUGGAGUGCCGGGUGUAUCUUCGCUGAACUGCUUUUGGGCGAGCCGUUGUUUCCCGGAACGAACCAUAUCAACCAGUUUUGUGUUAUCACCGAUCUCCUUGGUAACCCCCCGGAGGAAGUCGUCAACAAUAUUACAAGUGAAAAUGUGAGUGAGAGGACUGUCCGUCUGAAAGUAGAAACACUUCAUCCAGAGAGGUUUGCUGAUUGCAUCAAUUUCCUGCAGACAUUGAAUUUUGUCAAUUCGCUCCCGAGGCGAGACCGUAAGCCAAUAUCACAGCUCAUUCCCAAGGCGAACGCAGAUGCGGCGGCGUUGAUCGACAAACUGCUUCAAUUCGACCCCUUAGUGCGAAUGUCCGCAACGGAAGCCCUCGCGUCCCCGUAUCUCGCACCAUACCACGAUCCCCAUGACGAACCAGUCGCCGCAGAAACAUUCGACUGGGCAUUCCUUGAGGCAAAUCUCCCAGCUGAUAUCUGGAAGACCAUCAUGUACAGCGAGGUUCUGGCAUUCCACGCCGAAACGAAUCAAAGUGGCCAGAGUGGACCGAUGAAAGCAAUACACCAGGUGGAUGGAAUGGAAAUCGAUUGA